GCGGCGCCGCAGAGGCAGAAGGCGUCCGGCAGCCGAGGAGGGCGCAUCCUCCUGGAAGCUCCGCUCUGGCUGAGGGGCUGCUCUCUCCUUCCCUUCACUAACCCCAGCCAUGUCUGUGGAGCUGGAGGAAGCCGACCUGCCUCUCGCCGAGGCGGAUGAGGAAGACGAGGAGGAGGACGACGAAGAGGAGGAGGAGGAGGAGGCCUUAGCCCCGGAGAAGAAGGGCGGCAAAGGGAAAGGGGGCGGAGGCGGCGGUUCGGCGCUCUCCCCUUCGAAGAAGAAGAACAAGAAGAAGAACCAGCCCGGGAAGUACAGCCAGCUGGUGGUGGAGUCCAUCCGGAAGCUGGGCGAGCGAAACGGCUCCUCCUUGGCCAAGAUCUACAGCGAGGCCAAGAAGGUGCCUUGGUUCGACCAGCAGAACGGCCGCACGUACCUCAAGUACUCCAUCAAGGCCCUGGUCCAGAACGACACCCUCCUCCAGGUCAAGGGCACCGGCGCCAACGGCUCCUUCAAGCUCAACAGGAAGAAGCUGGAGGGAGGCGAAGGCGGAGGAGGAGGAGGAGGGAGCCCCGGGGGAGGAGGAGGAGGAGCGGGGGGCGCCCACCCCAAGGCCUCCCACAAGAAGGCCGCCCCCGUCGCCCCCCGCAAGGCGGAGAACAAGCCCCUGGGGAAGGCCGGGGCCGGGGCAGGAGCAGGAGGGAAGAAGCUGGAGAAGAAGGCCUCGCACAAGAAGGGCGCCGCUGCUGCUGCUGCCGCCGCUGCCUCUGCCGCCUUAGCCUCGGCCUCCGCCAAGAAGGAGAAGGCCAAGGCCAAGAAGACGACGACGACGGCCAUGUCGGCCGGGAAGAAAGGAGCCGCCUCCCCGGCUGCUAAGAAGGCCAAGAAGCCCGCCAAGGCCCUCAAGAGCAGGAAGUGAGGAGGAGGAAGAAGAGGCCCCCGAGACACGCUCCCAGGGAGGGCUUUGGGGGAGCUGUUGUUGUUCUCGUCCCUGCCUGAAAACAGGACUAGACUGAGACUCGAACUCGGAGCCCAGAGAGCCAAUGUUCUCUUCUCCCCUCCCUCUGUUGUUCUUAUGACCCCCCCCCCCUUCGGUUUCUGCGCCCCUUUCUGUGUUGGAGGGGAGAGUGGGGUGGCCAGGCGGCCCUUCCCCUUCAGAGGCCCCCCACCCCUGAAGACGCCCUUUGUGUGUGUGUGUGUGUGUGGUGGUUAUUUUGGUGGGGAGGGAAUGAGAGUCCAGCCCCGCCCCCUUGGCUUGGGAGCUCAGGAGGAGGAGGAGGAGGCUGCGGGGCUGCUGGGCUCCCCCCUCCCGCUUCGGCCGAGGGGCAGGGCUGCCUUGGUUGCCCCGAUCACAGUGUGGCUGAGCCCUCCUCGGUGGCUUCUGUUUUGGGAGGGAGUGAAGAAGAUGGCAGCCCCCCAUUUCUUUUGGCAAUUGGGGAAGAGGUGGGGCUGGGUUAUUCCUCGCCAGAGAGGCUUGGGAGGCCUCGCCAUGGCUGCCCUCUUUCAGUGGGGCUGAGCCAGGCCACCACCCCUCCUCCGUGUGUGUGUGUGUGGGGGGGUUGCUUUGGGAGGGAAGAGCCCAGAGUGCAGCCAUCCUUCCUUCCUUCCUUGGUAACGGUAAUGGCUGCCCCCUUCCCAGUGUGGCUGAGCCCCUUUCUUUGGGGAGACUCCUGGAGCCCAGGAUGGGGGGGGGCGCUUUCAAUUCAUCCUUCCUUCCUUCCUUGUUAAGGGUAAUGGCUGCCCCCCUCCCCAGGGUGUCUGAGCCCCUUUCAUUGGGGGCAGGCCCCUGGAGCCCAGGAUAGGGGCGACUUCAUCCUUCCUUGUUAAGGGUAAUGGCUGCCCCCUUCCCAGUGUGGCUGAGCCCCAUUCCUCGGGAAGAGACCCCUGGAUCCAUCCUCCCUGCCCGCAAGUGGACGGUGGGUCUGUCUGGCGUGGGACCAAGCGACCAGCGGAGGCUGACCCUGUUUAGGGGCAGGAGAGGCGCCGGAGCCCUCCCCCUGUCCUGACCCCUUUCCUCCCUCCCCGGUUGUCUCCUCUUCAGUUGCCUUUUGGGGGGAGGGGGUUAUGUUUUCUCUUUUUUGUGGGUUUUGUUCAAUAAAUCGUUUUGGAAAAUGA